AUGAGAGCACUGCACCUUGAAAGGGCUUCCGCAAGCUCGGCACCAGAACUCACAACAGUCUUCCAACCUAUUCCGCAGUUGAAGCCCGGCCAUGCCCUUGUCCGAAUCAGCUAUGCCUCCAUUCAACCAUCGGAUAGACUGAAUGCACAGGGUCUCUUUCCAUACACCACAUAUCCUCGCAUCCCAGGUCGUGAUUAUUCUGGCGUUGUUUUGGAUGUUGCCGACAAGUCAGGUGCAUCGAGCUCGUGGAUCGGGAAGAGUGUAUACGGGACUAGUGGCUCGACUCUUGGCUUUGACAUAGAUGGAACGCAUGCGCAAUACUGCUUGAUCCCCCAAGAUGCGCUUGUUGAGAAACCCGCAACAAUAUCAUCUCUCCAGGCUGCAACAGUGGGCGUUCCAUUCACAACCGCAUACAUCUGUAUAACCAAAGCCCAGGUGACCAAAAACGACGUGGUUCUCGUUCUUGGGGCAAAUGGAGCUGUGGGAUCAGCGGCCUCACAGAUGGCCCGGGCAAUCGGAUGCAAACAAGUUUUGACAGCCGCGAGACGAUCAGAUUCCAACCCCGACAUAGUUAUCGGUUCAGAAACCCCAGCAACUAUUCUCACGGAGAGAGUGUCCGCAAUGACAGCUGGAAAGGGUGUGAAUGCUGUCAUCGACACAGUUGGUGACUUGGAUUUAAUGACAGCUGCCCUGGAGCAGUUGGCUAUGAAUGGACGUUAUACAUGGAUUGCAGCGCCUAGGGGUGAUGUCAACAAGAAGAUUACAUUCGAUAUAUUUCAAGCAUAUCGCAAGGAGAUUACGAUGCUUGGAUGCAACUCGGCUGCCCGUACGAUCGAGGAAACAGCUGAAUACCUGCGAUCUGUAAACUCUUGGAUUGUUCAAGGAAGCUUACAAGCACACGCCGAGGGGGAUUUUGAGACACUGAGAUUGGACGAUGCGAUACAAAAUGGCUAUUGCAAGACAGGUCAGAAGGUGGUUAUUGAUAUGUCAUAA